CCUGCUGUCAUAGCAACACCUCCAUCUUCUCUGCAAUGAGAUCAGCAGCACACAUCAGCGCCUGCAGCAGCUGAGAUAAAACACAAAAUGCGUGAGUGUAUUUCCAUUCAUGUGGGUCAAGCAGGCGUCCAGAUUGGCAAUGCCUGCUGGGAACUUUACUGCCUUGAGCAUGGGAUUCAGCCGGAUGGACAGAUGCCCAGUGAUAAGACCAUUGGUGGAGGGGAUGACUCCUUCAACACUUUUUUCAGUGAGACAGGAGCUGGCAAGCAUGUUCCCAGGGCCGUGUUUGUAGAUCUGGAGCCCACUGUGAUUGAUGAGGUUCGCACCGGAACUUACCGUCAGCUUUUCCACCCUGAGCAGCUGAUCACUGGAAAGGAGGAUGCAGCUAACAACUACGCUCGUGGCCAUUACACUAUCGGCAAAGAGAUCAUUGAUCUUGUUCUUGACAGGAUUCGCAAACUGGCUGACCAGUGCACUGGACUUCAGGGCUUCUUGGUGUUCCACAGCUUUGGAGGAGGAACUGGUUCUGGUUUCACCUCUUUACUGAUGGAGCGCCUUUCUGUUGAUUAUGGAAAGAAAUCUAAGCUUGAGUUCUCCAUCUACCCAGCUCCACAGGUGUCUACUGCUGUGGUGGAGCCCUACAACUCCAUUCUUACCACCCACACCACCCUCGAGCACUCAGACUGUGCUUUCAUGGUCGACAAUGAGGCCAUCUAUGACAUCUGCCGUAGAAACCUUGAUAUCGAGCGUCCCACCUACACAAACCUUAACAGGUUGAUAGGUCAGAUUGUGUCCUCCAUUACUGCCUCCUUGAGAUUUGACGGUGCUCUGAAUGUUGACUUAACUGAGUUUCAGACCAACUUGGUGCCGUAUCCACGCAUCCAUUUUCCUUUAGCAACUUAUGCUCCUGUGAUCUCUGCUGAGAAAGCUUACCAUGAGCAGCUCUCAGUGGCUGAGAUCACCAAUGCUUGCUUUGAGCCAUCUAAUCAGAUGGUCAAAUGUGACCCACGUCACGGCAAGUACAUGGCUUGCUGCCUGUUGUACCGUGGUGAUGUUGUACCUAAAGAUGUAAAUGCUGCUAUUGCCACCAUAAAGACCAAGCGCAGCAUUCAGUUUGUGGACUGGUGUCCAACUGGUUUCAAGGUUGGUAUCAACUACCAGCCCCCUACCGUUGUACCUGGUGGUGAUUUGGCCAAGGUGCAGCGAGCUGUGUGCAUGCUAAGCAACACCACUGCUAUCGCGGAGGCUUGGGCCAGACUUGAUCAUAAGUUCGAUCUGAUGUAUGCUAAGCGUGCCUUUGUGCACUGGUACGUAGGUGAAGGAAUGGAGGAGGGCGAGUUCUCUGAGGCUCGAGAAGACAUGGCAGCCCUGGAGAAAGAUUAUGAAGAGGUGGGUGUAGAUUCAGUUGAGGGAGAAGGAGAAGAGGAGGGUGAGGAGUAUUAGAUUUCCUUCGUUUUCAUGCCUUCUCCAGAAUGAAAAUGAAUAGCAGGUAGCCUCUAGACCGAAAAUUUCACAAGCUUAAUAAAUGGCAACUGGCAUAAUAGUAUACUUGGUGUUAGUUUGAAUGUUAGUUUAAUUGUCUGACAAAUAUUAUAACGAAAGCUUAUUGUGGAUAUUCAGUGUCUCAAUAAAAAUCUUAAAAUAAACAUUCGUAUGCUCUUGA